AUGGCGGCCGACCUCACGAACCUCACUCUGGACGCCCUGUCCAAGUCUGACGGGCCAAUUCUCUCGACCGAAGUCUUCCCCUCCACCCCCUCACUAAGCGUCAAAAGUGCGCUCGAUCGGCUCGGUUCGCGGCAGAUGGUCGAGUAUGAAACAAUUGAUAAAGAGGUGGUCGUCUUGACAAAGGAAGGAGAGGAUAUUGUGGCCAAUGGUAGUCAUGAAGCAAAGGUCUUUGAGGCUGUUGUUGCUGCCGUUGAGGGCUUGAAAAUUAGCGACUUGCCUGGGAUUGUCGGAAAGGAUAAUGCCAGCAUUGGACAGGGAAAUGCCUUCAAGAGGGGGUGGAUCAAGAAGGACAAGGACACCUUGCGGGCAACCACCGAUAAGAUCGUCGACGAAACUCAAGCCCAGCUGUUAAACGUCAAGCAGACGCAGAACGUUGCGGAUAAGAAGACGCUUACUGACCUUAAGCGCCGGAAGCUGGUCACCAUUCAGAAGGCCAUCAGCUUCAAGAUCUCCAAGGGCCCCAAGUACGCCAAUGAGUUCGUCAAGGAGGAGACAGACUUGACAGCGGAGAUGCUGCAGAAUGGAUCGUGGAAGACCGCCCACUUCAAGCCUUACAACUUCAAAGCCAAGGGUGCCCCUACUCCCUCUGGCGCUCUGCACCCCCUCAACAAGGUGAAGCAGGAAUUCCGGAGCAUUUUCUUCGAGAUGGGUUUCGAGGAGAUGCCGACCAACCGCUUUGUUGAAACCGGCUUCUGGAACUUCGAUGCGCUCUACGUGCCCCAACAACACCCCGCCCGUGAUCUUCAAGAUACCUUCUACAUCUCCGACCCUCCCACGGCCGAUCCUCCUCGCGAAGACCCCGAAAAUGAUCCCCAUGUCCCUAAGAGGGCGCUCCAGUCCACGAAUGUGGAGAAGAAGCUCGACUACAAGGAGUAUUGGGAAAACGUUCGUCAAGUCCACGAAAACGGAAAGUAUGGGUCAAUUGGUUACCGCUACCCAUGGAGCGCUGAGGAGUCGUUGCGACUUGUCCUCCGUACACACACCACGUCGGUUUCGACGUACAUGCUUCACAAGCUCGCCGCCAACCCACGGCCCGCUAGGUACUUCAGUAUCGAUCGUGUCUUCCGUAACGAGGCUGUUGAUGCCACUCACUUGGCCGAGUUCCACCAAAUCGAGGGUGUCAUUGCCGACUUUGGCCUCACUCUGGGUGGCCUGAUCGGUUUCAUGGAGGUUUUCUUCGCAAAGAUGGGCAUCCACCAGCUGCGCUUCAAGCCCGCAUACAACCCCUACACCGAGCCUAGUAUGGAGAUCUUCGGUUACCACGAGGGACUCGGCAAGUGGGUGGAAAUCGGAAAUAGCGGUAUGUUCCGACCGGAGAUGCUGGAGCCCAUGGGCUUGCCCAAGAACAUGCAAGUUUACGGAUGGGGUCUGAGUCUGGAGAGACCGACCAUGAUCAAAUACGCUGUGAGCAAUAUUCGAGAACUCCUCGGCCACAAGGUGGAUCUCAACUUCAUCGAGACAAACCCGGCUGUCAGGUUAGAAAAGGAAUAA